AUCACGUCCUACCAUUCUCACUACGCAUGCAGGCUCAGGGAGCGCGCAGCGCAGCGAUUGCCGGUGCCAAUCACAGCGAUCACUGAUCAUCAGGGCACUGAUGAUCAGUGUGCCCUGAUGAUCAGUGUGGCCCCAGAAGUGCCACCUGUCAGUGCUCAUCAGUGCCAAUGCCCAUCAGUGCCACAUGCCAGUGCCCAUCAGUGCCACAUCAAUGCCACAUAUCAGUGCAUACCAGUGCACAUCAAUGCCAAUAUCAGUGCCCAUCUGAGCUGCCUUUCAAUGUCACCCAUCAGUGCCAGUCAGUGCCUCCUAUCAGUGCCAAUGCCAGUGCCAGUGUAUCAGUGCUGCCAGUCAGUGCGCAUAUCAGUG